AUGGAGCAAAUCACUCGGGAAUUGACUGCCAAGCAAGAAGAAUUGGUCCAAACACAGGACAAACUGAAGCGGCUAUCAGACGAAUCCCAAUCUGCCCAAAAAUCUGACCAAACGCGUUUAGGUACGCUGGCCAAUGACAUGAUAUCUAUUGAGCAGGCGGUACGCGAGCGCCGUUCUGAGCUGACCGGCCUAGAGGCAAGACUGCACGAGACAAACAACACCUUGGCCGGUGUCCAAGCCCAAGUUCAUGAAGCCAACACCAAACUGAACGAGACUCGAAAUCAACAGACUUCAUUGGAAGCGGAAUUGGACAGGGUUCGUUCCGAUCUGAAAUCGUCCAAACUGGAAUUGGUUGAAUUGCAAAUCAACGUAGAUCAAGCACGUGCUCAGGCUCAGAGUUUCGAGUCCACGAAACGCGAAUUGGAGACCAGUAUGAAGCAGUUAGAAUCCACAAUUCAAUCGAAACAGAGCGAGUUCAAACAGCUUUCUAUCAGUGUAGAAGAGGUGGAUACGAAGCUCGUUCGUAUGCGUGCGGAACUAGACGCGGGUGAGACUCGUAUGCGCACACAACAGAAGCUGAUGGCCGAAGACGAGGCCGCUUUGAACGAACGCCGAGCGGAACUCCGGCGUCUCUCAUCCAAGAUCAUUGAAGAUGAAGCUCGGCUUGAAUCGCUGGCCCGUGAGAUCGGGGAGCAACGAACGGAGCUCGAAUUGAUCCAAGCCAAACAACAGCGAGAUUUGGAUACAAUUACCCAGGAUGCAAGAGAAAUUACAUCCAAAAACGCGACAAAGCAGCGUGAGCUAGCCGAAACACAGUCUUCUUUGAACGCGUUAAUGGAUGAACGUGCACAACUCACGGCGUUUGUGGAAAGUCUCCGUGCAGAACAGAGCACUUUGCAAUUGGAUUUACAGGAGAAACAAAAGACUCUGACAGACCUCUCGGCCACACUUCUUCGUCAAAGACGCGAGCUGGAACACACAACAGAUAUGGCUCGUUUGGAAGAGACUCGACUGAAUGAGUUAACAAGUCAACAACGGGACCUACUGGAUCAGUUACACAAACUGCAAUCCCAAGUCCGUAUUGAGUCUAGUGAGCUGCGUGGACAAGAUGUGGCUAAACAGAAGAAAAACUCUGAAUUACAAGUGGCUCGCACAGAGGCAGAACGCGAAUCGGGCGAAUUGCAAAGGUUAACGGCCGAGCGUCGAUCUGCUGAGGCCGAGUUGACACAGCUGCAACAACAGAUCGAAUUGACCCGUAAUCAACUGAACGGUAUGCGCCACAAGGUGAAAGAGUUGGAGAAAAAAGAAACGGAAUUAAUCCAAUCCAUUUCAACUUCGAAACGUCAGCUGACCAAAAUUUCAGCGGAGCGUGAAGCUGAGGCAGUCAGCUUGCGUAGUUUGCGGCAUGAACGAGUCUCGUGCCAAUCGGAAUAUGACCACUUGUCGAGCUGCCUUGAAGCAGGUCGUGCAGAGCUGGAUCGUGUACAACACCGGCUAUCUUCAGCUCAAUCCGCUGCUGAUUCACAAGAAAGUGAACUGGCCGAGCAACAACGACAACGGAUGCAUUUAAACGAUGAGUUGUCCAAGCUGGGCGAAGCCGUGCAUCUGGGUCGUUUGGCCAAACAGAACGCAGACGAGGAGCGGGAAUCAAGUGAAUCUGCGUUGCAAGCAACUCGAGAAAAAGUGGAAAAAAUGCAAUCAGAGAAGCGACAGCUGGAUGAGGUAAUUUUGUGCUUCGAUGCGCACAUCAUUUGGACUAGUAAUGUCACAGUUGAGCCGUAUAUUUGGUGGACCAUUUUCAGCUAUCUAUCCGUAUUGAUAGUGGAAUUUUUGAUACUUGUGAAUGCCCAUAUUUUGACAACUGAUUGGUUAACCUGUAUCCCCAUGUAUACGGAAUGCGUAUCAAAUCUGAACUGGUAUGAUGGGUAA